AUGCGAAAGGAUCACGCAGAAUUCGAUGUGAACCUUUCAAACGGGAAGACAGGCGGGGGUUCUUACAGCGUACUCUCCGAGUUGGGCACUCUUCAGUUGGAGUUCCGAUAUCUGAGUCACGAGGUGGGAGACGAGAAGUACGCCAGAACGGCGAUGCGGGCGUUCGACUUCCUGGCUGGAAGAACAGUGCCACACGGUCUUUACCCGAUUCGGAUUAACCCCAACACCGGAAAGUUCACUUCGUCCCAGGUUACCUUUGGGGCCUUGGGUGACUCGUUUUACGAGUACCUGUUGAAGGUGUGGAUGCAGGGAGGCCGUCGAGAAGAGAGCUACCGCAGGAUGUACGAAGAUGCCAUGGACGGUGUAGCGGAGCUCCUCGUCCAGAAGGCCCGCGGACUAACGUACCUCAGCGAGUGGAACGGCACGAGGCGGCAGCAUCGGAUGGACCAUCUCGCGUGCUUCUUGGCGGGGAACCUGGCCCUCGGUGCCAUGACCUCACAUGACUCACGAAGGGCAGCGAGGGAUCUGAGGACUGGAAAGGCGAGUGUUCUCUGA